AUGAGCUUCCCCGAAUUCAUUAGAGCCCAGCUCCGGAACCUCCCCAUCGUGCCGGACAGAGAGACCUGCACAGGGGGCACGUACAUCGUCACGGGCUCGAACACCGGCAUCGGCUUCGAGACCGCGAAGCACCUCGUCGCCCUGGGCGCAUCCCGUGUCAUCAUCGCCGUGAGGUCCGUGGAAAAGGGUGAGGCCGCUAAGGCCCGGAUUGAGGCCACCACUGGCAUCACGGGGGUCGCCGAGGUAUGGCAUCUCGACAUGGCUUCUAUCGGCUCCAUCAAGGCCUUCUCAGCGAGAGCCGCGUCCGAGUUGGGCGUCAUCGACGCCCUCGUCGCGAACUCGACGGCUGCGCUCGAUACCUGGACCGUCUCCGAGGGUAUGGAGACCUCCGUCAUGGUCAACGUCGUGGGCACCCUUCUGCUCGUCCUGCUGCUCCUACCCAAGAUGAGAGAGAGCGCCGGGGCGACGAAGACGGCGCCUCACGUCGUAGUCGUCACUUCCGGUCUCGGGUUCUCCGAGCGAGAGGUGCUGAAGCUUGUGGAGGACGACGUCUUUGAAGCGCUGAACGAGGAGGGAAAGUCACACAUACACAAACGGUACGCCGUGACGAAGCUCCUUCAAAUCUUUGCCGUUCGUCAGCUGGCCACGCAGCUCCCCGCUUCCCAAUCAGGGGUCGUCAUCAACCUCGUCAGCCCCGGGCUCUGCAACACCGGCCUGACGCGGUACGGGCGCACGUCGUUCCGCCUCUACUUUUACCUCUUCAACCUGGCGCUUGGGAGGACUCCCGAGAUGGGGAGCAGGGCCAUGCUGCACGCGCUCUCAGCCGGCGUCGACAGCCACGGUCGGUACCUUUCUGACUGCGAGAUCAAAGAGUUUGAGCAUCCCGUACCAGAAACGAGCUCCGAAAACCACUGCUGA